AUGUCCGUCACCACCAAGGCUACUAUCGCCUCCUUUGGCGGUAAACUGCUGAAGCUGAGCCACAAUGCCACCACCACCCGCUGCGAGAUGGGCUUCAACCUCUACCUGCCCCCGAAGGCGGACUCUCAGAAGGUCCCCGUGCUCAUCUACCUAUCUGGUUUAACUUGCACUGCCGAUAAUUGCUCUGAGAAGGGCUUCUUCCAGCACGCUGCUAGCAAGAAGGGCAUUGCUGUGCUUUAUCCUGAUACUAGCCCUCGUGGUCUGAACAUUGAAGGCGAGGACGACUCUUAUGACUUUGGCACCGGCGCCGGCUUCUACGUCGACGCCACCAAGCCCCCCUACAACAACGGCUAUAACAUGUACAGCUACAUCACCGAAGAGCUACCCAAGACCGUCUUUGCUGCUUUUCCCCAGCUCGACUCCAGCAAAGUUAGCAUCACUGGCCACAGCAUGGGUGGACACGGCGCUCUUACUCUGUUCCUCCAAAACCCCGGAAAGUAUCUGUCGGUCUCAGCCUUUGCCCCAAUCUGCAACCCUAUCAACUGCCCGUGGGGCCAGAAGGCCUUCAAAGGCUACUUCGGUGAAGACCAGGAAAAGUGGAAGGAGCACGACGCCACUGAGCUCCUUAAGAAGUGGACUGACAAGGAUCUUGACAUUCUGAUCGACGUCGGUACCGGCGACAACUUCUACAAGCAGGGCCAACUCCUUCCCGAGAACCUGCAAGCCGUUGCUAGCGAAAAGGGAUUCGCCAACGUCAAGGUCAACUACCAGCCAGACUACGAUCACUCAUACUACUUCAUGGCUUCGUUUGCCGAUGACCACGUUGCGCACGCGGCUAAGGCAUUUGGAAAAUAG